AUGGUAGUUGGGGAUUCUAUCAAAAAAGAGGUAAAGCAGAUUUUUAAUGUGAACAAAGUGCCGGAAUAUCUUAAUAGAACUAAUAUUGUGCUGAUUCCUAAGAUUGUCAAUCUAGAAACACUUGGUAAUUAUUGUCCCAUAAGUCUAUGCAACACUGUCUAUAAGAUUGUGUCCAAGAUUAUCGUGGCAAGACUAAGACCUCAUCUUGAUAAGCUCAUCUCCCCUCUCCAAUCAGCUUUUGUCCCAAGAAGGAGAAGUGUUGAUAAUGCUAUUGUGGUCCAAGAGCCCAUACACACCAUUAGCAACAAAAAGGGGAAGGUGCGUUAUAUGGCUAUUAAGGUGGAUCUUGAGAAAACUUAUGACAAGUUAGAAUGGGGUUUCAUUAGAGAAGUCCUCAUCAAUGCCAAUUUCCCCCAUGAUCUUGUCAGUCUUGUGAUGAGUUAUGUUUCUUCCGUGUCUACCUCUAUUCUCUUUAAUGGAGGAAAUGUUGACCCCAUUCUUCCUUCGCAGAGAAUAAGAUAA